AAACUAAGCUUUCGGCUUUAAGGUCACGUGUCACGACGUGCAUUGUGGGAAACUUCUGAGUUUAGCAAGAUGGCGGUGGAACCACAGCCAAUGUAUAAUGGUUCUGUACCAAAUUUAUGCUUCAAUGAUGAAAAUUAUGAAAAAUCAGAAAAAACCGAGCCCGAGUUACUCUACGAAGAGUUAAAAAACAUCCAGAGUAUGAUACGUCUAACAAAAGGUAAUCUAGAAGCUUUGAAUGCAAGGUUUGCAGAAUAUCAACAUCCUCCUUCUAUGUAUAUUACUGAAUAUGAAGAUCUGACUAGCAAGUUAAAUGAAUUUCAAAUGGAAGAGCAAAAACUGCUUGAGCGAAUUGGUAAUGACUGUGAUGGGAGAGAUUCUCCAGAAUAUCUUGAUGACAAUGAUGAAGCAAAGCUAUAUAGUGAUACUUUUUUAACGAAAAUGCAAAAUAGUAAUCAAGGUUUCUCUAGUAAUAUAGGAAGCUCUGCAGUGGACACAAGUCCUAGAGUUUCCCCAAGGUCUCCUUUAAAGUCUGUUGUUAGAGCUUUUUUACCAAAUCAGCAACGUACUACAGUUCAAGUAAAGCCGGGCCAAACUGUUAGAGAAGCAUUAUAUAAAGCCAUGAGAAGGCGUAAACUCACAGCUGAUAUGUGUGUUGUAUAUAGAUGUGAUGGAAAGGUUGAAGUAAAUUGGGAUGAUGAUAUUAGCACAUUAGAAGGAGAAGAAAUAACUGUAGAAAUUCAUGAAAGAAUUCCUAUUACUACCAGCAUAUCGCAUAAUUUUGUGCGGAAAACUUUCUUUACUCUUGCAUUCUGCGAAUGCUGUAGGAGGUUACUGUUCCAUGGUUUUCGGUGUCAAACAUGUGGAUACCGUUUCCACCAAAGGUGUGCCAAUGGCGUUCCAACUCUUUGUCAGCCUUCACCUGCCGAGAAUAAUUAUUAUAGAUAUUUAUUAGCUUCCUAUAACAUAGGAUCAAGUGGCUUACAAGCACCUCAAGACUUUUCUGGUACUCUUCCCAAUCAAUAUCUUUAUCCUCAGGCUAGUUCAAAUGCCACAUCUCCACCCCAAAAUGUUCCAAGAACACAUCCACCCUCCCUAGGACAAAGGGAACGCUCCACUUCAGCUCCAAAUGUGUGUUAUAAUAUGGUCAAUCAAUCGGACAUGUCUCUGGAGGUGUGCAUUCGACUUAUUCAGGAGUUUGCCUCAAGAAUUCGAAGUCAAGGUUCACAAGCUAAUGCAGGAUUGAAUCUUUCCAGUGGUUACUGUAGCGCUGCUACAGUUACUAGUUAUAGUCCUAGUUCUAGUCCCACCAGGACACAAAGUGCUCAAGGGUCUCCUACAAAUAGCCACAAACCUUGGAGGCCUCGCGCGCGAUCAGCUGAUGAAAGUACUAGAAAAAUCAGGCCGCCUCGUGAAUCUAUUGAAGAUUGGGAAAUUCCUGCUAAUGAGAUUCAAACAGAACACAGGAUUGGAGCUGGUUCCUUUGGUACAGUCCACAAAGGACAUUGGCAUGGUCCUGUAGCUUUAAAGAAAUUGAAUGUAACAAAUCCUACCCCAGCUCAACUACAAGCAUUCAAAAAUGAAGUUGCAGUUUUAAGGAAAACUCGACAUGUAAAUAUUCUUCUAUUUAUGGGAUAUGUAUCUCAACCUCAACUCACAAUUGUAACCCAAUGGUGUGAAGGGUCUACACUAUAUAAACACCUCCAUGUCCAUGAGCAUAAGUUUGAAAUGUUAGAAUUAAUAGACAUUGCCAGACAAACAGCCCAAGGCAUGGAUUACCUUCAUGCCAAAAAUAUAAUCCAUAGAGAUUUGAAAUCUAAUAAUAUAUUUCUUCAUGAAGAUUUAACAACAGUUAAAAUAGGUGAUUUUGGUCUAGCCACUGUAAAAACAAGGUGGAGUGGUUCUCAGCAAUUUCACCAACCAACAGGAUCCAUAUUGUGGAUGGCUCCUGAAGUAAUUCGCAUGAAGGACCUUAAUCCAUAUUCUUUCCAAUCUGAUGUUUAUGCUUUUGGUAUUGUACUGUACGAAUUAGUUGCAGGACAGCUUCCUUACUCAAAUAUAAAUAACAAAGAUCAGAUACUCUUCAUGGUGGGUCAUGGGUACCUGAUACCUGAUCUAAGGAAUACAAGGUCAGACACACCAAAAGCUCUCAACAGACUCAUUGAAGAUUGUAUCAAAUUUAAUAGAGAUGAGCGUCCUCUUUUUAGACAAAUACUAGCAUCUCUGGAAUCGCUAGCUCGUUCCCUUCCAAAAAUUCACCGUAGCGCCUCAGAGCCAACUCUAAAUCGUACUCACCUCCAGUCCGAAGACUUUAUGUACAUUUGUGCCUCGCCCAAAACUCCAAUCAAUAGUCAGUUUGGAGCAUUUCCUUUCUUUUCAACGGGAAGCAAUGUGUGAAUUCUCUUGUGAUAAACAGUGGAUCCUCCCUAACUUUCCUUUGACCUGGAUGGAUUUAUGGGGAACCGCUGGACACGUUUAUUUCAUUGAAGCACUCCGCCCAAAACAUUGGCUACCGAUGUAUAAAGUGUGGAAUGGCAGCACAUUAUUUUCCUCUGUAAAUACAAAAUGGACAAGAAGUGGUGUACAAAGGCUGAUAAAACUGUUUUCUUUUUUAUUUAUGUGUCAAUGUACAGAAUUGUAAUGUGUUAUUUAAUUUUAUGUGUUUUUAUUUAAAAAAACAAAAACCCUUGAAAUUUUCCAAUUAGUCGCCAUGGAAGAAGUGCAUGGAAGUAUUCAAGGUAUUUAUUGUCAUUUUUAAAAAAUAAUUUUCAAUGUACCUCAGUAAUGAUGCUGUAGGUGUAUGAGUGGCUUAACUAUUAAUAUAAAAAAAGUUUAUUUGCAAGCCUGUAUUUUUUACCUACCCCAACAUUAUGAAAAGUUUUAGUUCUAGAAGAAUGACUUACCCUUCCCCCAAUUUAGAUGGUGGUUACUUCCUUAUAAAAAAAAUCUUUAUGAAAUUCGCAGCAAAAUCUUCAAAAUAUGAAUAAAAUUUUAAUUUUUUUUAAAGAAUUACUCUGAUUUCUACUAAUUAUUAAGAUGAUUAUAAUUGCAUUUUCAAUGUGAAAAAUAUCAAUAAAUAUAUUAUUUUAUCUUAGAUUAGAAAAUGAAUUUGGUCCCUAAUCCUCCCCGUGAGGUAAGGGUUUAACUUCAAUGCAGAAUUAAUGCUGUUCAAGUUUGUGGAUAAGAAUAAAUAAGACUUUUUUUUUUUUUUUUUUAGAUUGAAAAAAAAAUGAAAUAUGUACUUGAAAUUAAAUCUUACCUCAGUUAAAAAAAAAAAAAAAUCUGUAAUAUAAAUUUUGAUAGUCUUUAGUCUAGUGUAUUUUUCAAAGAAUAUAAAUACGGUUGGGGGAAAAAUUAAGUGGCUUAAAUAGGAUGGAGAAUAUUUUUAGCUUUAAAAAUUAAAAAAAAAAUAUGAGAUUAAUAAAAAAUUUAGUAAUAUAAGAAUUUUGUAGAGUUUUAUUUUUAAUAAGCAUUAAAAAGAUUUGAUAAAUAUUUUAAAAAUCUUAUUGUAAUCAUGCUUUUUUUAAAAAAACUGAUUAUAGUAUUGAAAAGGAUUUGUUAAUUAUUUUUUAUGCCUUAAUUCCUAAUUAAACAAUACUCAUUGGUGAAUUAAGCAGAUUGCAAGUUUUAUUUCCCAAUUUUUAUUUUUAAGUCACCAAGUAAGUAUAUUAAUGGGAAAGACUAUAAAUGGAAACACAUUAUCAUUUUUUAUAAAAUAUUUUUCUUCUAGUCUUUAAUUGGUAUUUUGAGCAUGAUGAAGUUUUGUGUGGAUCAUUUAUUAUUGACUUGAUUUGUUGAUUAUUUUAAACGACUGCAUUCAUUGAAUGUCUUAGGUUUAUAUACAUGAAUUGCUGUAGUUACUAAAUUUGUAGAUAUUUUACAUUUUUAAUGAGUGUCUUGAAUCCAUUCUGUAGAUAUUUCUAUAGUGUAUCAUAUCAAAUUCUUAGACUAAUACAGGCAAAAUUACAAAAUCUUAGAUUGCUUAUUUGGGUUUCUAAAAAAUAGCUAGCUGAUUUUUAUUUUUAUAGAAACAUAGGUGUAUUUCAAUUAAACAUUUACUUGUAGUGAUUAAUUUUGAAAUUGACAUUGAAAAUUUGGUUGUUAAAGAAACUAUUUUUUUUUUUUUUUUCUUUUUCAUAAUUGUGAAAAAUUUCUGAUAUCUAACAAUUAAGACUGAAACAAUAAUGAAAAUAAUUCAUGCUUCCAUAGAUUUCUGAUGUCCUCACAUCUCUAUUUAAAAAAUAUUUGUAAAAUAAUGCUUUUACAUUUAUUAAUUUGAGCUUCAAAUUUGAAUCUCAGUAGAUCCUACAUAUUAUUAGGUGCAAAUUUUUAUUUCGGCGGGGGAGGGGGGGGCGACGACAAAAGAAACUAACUGUUAAUUCUUGAACUCAAAUGUUCCUGUCUUGAACAUUGCAUAAUUGUAGUGUCAAUAGCAAUGGGCUAAUACGAACAGUUUCAAUUAAUAAUUAAUAAAUAUUUAUUAUAAAAAAUGUUAAAAAUUUCUUGAAAAUGUUCAUCAAAUUAAUGUUACACAUUUUACAUCUUAGUUUUACAACGAAGUUGAGAUUAAGAGUUAAUUGUACUAUUAUGUUAGAAAUAUGGAAAGUGAAUAAUUAAUUGUUUUAUUUAUCCUUUUUAUUUUACUUUUUCAUGGGAGGGGAAAAUUACCUAGAGAAUUGGGCAGAAAAACUGAAUUAUAAAUAAAUAAAUAAAAGUAUAUAAAAUAUAUAUAUAUAUAAGUAUAAUAAAUAAGAAAUAAAAUAUUAUUAUUAUAGAAAAUUAUUUGCAUUGUUAAGAAAUAUAUUCUUAUUUGACUUUGCAAAUGAAAUGAAUUAUAUAUAUUGUAUCCUUUUUUAAAAAUAAUAAUUUUUAAUAUUAAAAAUUAAGGAAGAAAACAUUGAUAAUCACAAGAAAGUUCAGCUAGCUUAGUUACUUUUUGUCUUUAACUUAUAAUUGUAUUCAAUGAAAAUUAAUUAGGGUAGAUUAAUUAUUUAACUGCAGAAUGGUUGCAAGAGCUCAAUUUUUUUUCUAAUAAAUGAUUGUAUAUAAAUAGCUUUAAGGUGUGUAGAAUAUUUAUUGUGUUCAAUAAAUUUAUUUAUUUGUGUGCAAUUUAUGUUUCAAUUUUCCUUGCAGGUGAUAUCUAAAGUAAUUUUAUUAAUUUAAUAUGCUUCACUGUUUUAAAAUAAGUGCACUAAUUAUUGGGUAAAUAUUUUAUUUAUCAGACUUUUAAUCACAAAAUUUGAAAUACCUUAUUUAGAAUAAAUUUUUUUUAUUGUGUGUUCAUCUUGUUGUGAAGAGACAUAAGGAUUUCAAAAAUAAUAAUGAAAGUUAUUUUUAAUAGUAAUUAUAGUAAUUUAAAUAGAUAUUCAAUUAAAAAAUGAAGUGCCGAUCUUGUGAAAUGUGAUCAUAAUGAAAUGACUUGCAGCAAUUUUCGAUUGUUAUCCCCCCUCCCCUCCAAAAAAAAAAAUAAAUAAAUAAAAGCUUGUUCGACCAUCUGUACAAAAUAUGGAAAUUUAAAUAAA